AGCGGCUCCUCUACGAUGUUGUCGUUCGUCCUCUUCCUCGGCGCCGUCCCCGCAGCGCUUGCGUCCCUUCACGCUCCCCGCUGGGACGAUCUCAAGGUCAAGCAUGCCUGGCACGACGUCCCCGAGGGCUGGCUUUGCGACGGCGCACCUCCUGCCGAUACGACCAUGGACCUGCGCAUUGCCCUCAAACCCCACAGGGAAGAGGCCCUCGUCGAGGCCCUCUACGAAGUGAGCGACCCUAAGCACACCCGCUACGGCGCACAUCUUAGCCCAGAGGACGUUGCCAGCCUCGUCGCGCCCCACCCCGACACGUCCGACGUCGUCUCCGCGUGGCUCACCCACCACGGCAUCCCCUCCGACUCCAUCCGCUCCACCCCCGGCGGCGACUGGCUCACCCUUUCCUCCAUCCCCGUCUCUCAGGCUGACAUGCUCCUCGGCGCCCAAUACAAAGUCUACCGCCACGCACACACCAACGAGUCCCUCGUCCGCACCACCUCCUACGCCCUCCCCUCCAUCCUCCACGACCACGUCAACGUCGUCGCCCCCACUACCUUCUUCGGCGUACCCCAGGCAUACCGCAAGACCGUCUCCAUCCGCCUCGGCGCGCCCGUCCUCGCCAAUGGCGACGCCGCCCUGCGCGCCGAGAUCGCCAAGCUCUCCCCCCUCGCGACCGUCCCCAGCAGCUGCGGGUCGACGAUCACCCCCGCGUGCCUCCGUGCGCUCUACAACACCACCUCGUACACCCCCAAGGCGACCGCCACGAACAAGCUCGGCGUCGCGGGCUACCUCGACGAGUACGCCGUCCACUCCGACCUGAAGACCUUCCUCAACCGCUUCCGCUCCGACGCCACCAGCGCGGACUUCACCGUCGUGCAGGUCAACGGCGGCGGGAACGACCAGAGCAACCCAGGCUCAGAGGCAAACCUCGACAUCCAAUAUACCGAGAGUAUCUCCUACCCGACGCCUAACAUUUACUACUCGACCGGCGGCUCCCCGCCGUACAAGGCGGACGGCAACACCCCGACGAACACGAAUGAGCCCUACCUCGACUGGCUCGACUACAUCCUCGCCCAGAGCUCGAUCCCGCAGACGAUCACCACCUCCUACGGCGACGACGAGCAGACCGUCCCGCCCGACUAUGCGCAGAGCGUCUGCACGCUCUUCGCCCAGCUCGGCGCGCGCGGCGUCACCGUCCUCUUCAGCAGCGGCGACUCGGGCGUCGGCGGCGGCAACUGCCGCACCAACGACGGCACCAACACGCGCAAGUUCAUCCCCAACUUCCCCGCCACCUGCCCGUACGUGACCGCCGUCGGCGGGACGACCGGCGUCAACCCCGAGGUCGCGGCGAGCCUCUCGAGCGGCGGCUUCUCCAACUACUUCGCGCGCCCGAGCUACCAGAGCACCGCCGUCUCCAACUUCAUCACCAGCAUCGGUACCAAAUAUUCGGGCCUCUACAACGCCAGCGGCCGCGGCUUCCCUGACAUCGCAGCCCAGGCGGAGAACUUUCAGAUCGUCGUCGAUGGGAGCACCACCGCCGUCGACGGCACCUCCUGCUCCGCGCCCACCGCCGCGGGCGUGAUCUCGCUGCUCAACGACUUCCUCAUCGCCGCGGGUAAGGCGCCGCUCGGCUUCCUCAACCCGCUGCUCUACUCGACCGGCGCAGCCGGACUGAACGACAUCACGUCUGGCUCGAACCCUGGCUGCAGCACGAGCGGGUUCACGGCCGUGAGCGGAUGGGACCCGGUCACGGGACUCGGCACGCCCGACUUCGGGAAACUCCAGGCCAUCGUUGGCUGA